AUGCUGCUGCAUUCACUAACUGUUGUUUGUCGUCCUCAGGAGGAGUAUUAUGGGAAGGAGCUCAUCCUGGCUGACAGAGACCUCGUUGAACAGGGGGCUGAUGAGAUCCUGAAGGAUGCUGAUGUGACCGAUGUGGCGUUCCUGGUGGUGGGCGACCCGUUCGGAGCCACCACCCACAGUGACCUGGUCCUGAGAGCAGUGAAUUCUGGGAUACCGUACAGAGUCAUCCACAACGCCUCCAUCAUGAACGCAGUGGGCUGCUGCGGUCUGCAGACAUUAAAGUCAAAGAGCCAGAGCGUAGAGAAACAUCCACGAGCUUGUUAUGUUCUGAGGUUGGGUGAACGCAUCAGUAGUGGCGUGGCGGUGUCGGGCAAGAGCAAUCGCAGCUCACAGAAACAGAUUCAUGAUUUUCUGAAACCAAAGACUCAGCUGACAGGGUUCGG